GAAAAUGAAAAGGCAUUGUGUUGUGUAGCGUAUCUCUCUCUUCCAAAGUUCCAAUUGUGUCAGUAAAAGCAAGUAAGAAACCCUUCUUUUCUUUCUUGUUCAUUUACACACACAAACACAAUCAAGAAUAGAAAAUUAAUAAUAAUUUAACCCUUUGUGUCCUACUCCUUCUUUCUUCAUCGUGACUGCAAGUGUGUUCCUUUUCUAAAUCUUAGUUCUUCUUGUCCUUUAUUGCAAUUAGGUUAAGAGACAAUAAUCCAAGUUAGAAAUGGAGAAAUAUUUCAAAAGAAAAUCAACAUCAGAAUCUCAACAAGUUAAUGAAAUGGAAAAUACAUCAACACAACAAAUAGGGCCAUCCUUUAAAAAAUCAUUCUUAGAUGUUGAUUUGGAAAAUCUUCCUGCUGAUCCUGGAGAGAGGAAUCAAAUGUUGUGUUAUCAUCCAAACGAUCGAGAUGAAAUUCGAAGAGCUUAUCUACAAAAAGGGCCUUGCCAACCAAAGGAGCAUAAUUUUCCGCAAAGACAAUUUGGGUCGUCUUUACGUAAGUUUAAUCCUGAUUGGUUUCUUGAAUUUGGUAAUUGGUUGGAAUAUAGUGUAUCAAAAGAUGCUGUGUUUUGUUUAUGUUGUUAUCUUAUGAGAUAUGAGAUAGGAGAAAACAAAGGUUGGGAUGCAUUUGUUACCGAAGGAUUUUCAAACUGGAAAAAGAAAGAGAGGCUCAGCAUCCAUGUUGGAGGCCCUAAUAGUGCUCACAAUCAUGCUUGGAGAAAAUGUAAUGCACUGAUGAAUCAAAAACAACAUAUUGAGGUUGCUAUUAACAAACAAUCUGACUUGAUCAAGAGGGAAUAUCGAAUUCAUUUAACUGCAACAGUUGAUUGUAUUCGACUUAUUUUGAAGUUGGGGAUAGCAUUUCGCGGUGAUGAUGAAUCAGUGAACUCAAAGAGAAAAGGUAAUUUUCUCGAGAUUCUACAUUUUCUUACUAGUCAUAAUGAAGAGAUUGAUAAAGUAUUGAGACAAUGUCGUGGGAAUCUCAAAUUAGUGGCACCUGACAUUCAAAAAGAUAUUGUGAAAGCCGCUGCUCGUGAGACCUCAAAAGCUAUUAUUUGUGAUAUUAAUGGUGAUUUGUUCUCCAUUUUAAUUGAUGAAUCUCGAGACAGUUCGGUUAAGGAGCAAAUGUCUCUUGUUUUACGUUAUGUAGACAAGAAAGGGCAUGUCAUUGAGAGGUUUUUUAGUGUUGUCCAUGUUGCAAAUACAAGUGCUAUAUCUUUAAAGUUAUCAUUAGAGUCACUAUUUGCAAAGUACAAUUUAAGCUUGUCAAGAGUUCGUGGACAAGGAUAUGAUGGAGCUAGUAAUAUGCAAGGCGAAUUUAAUGGCCUGAAAAGUUUGAUCUUAAAAGAACAUAAAUGUGCAUUCUAUGUUCAUUGUUUUGCUCACCAACUCCAAUUGGCACUUGUGGCGGUUGCUAAAAAGGAUGAUGAUAUUGCUUGGUUUUUCAUUCAAAUUAACAAUUUAUCUAAUAUUGUUGGAGCAUCGUGCAAGCGCCGAGAUAUUUUUAGAGAAAAUCAAUCUCUUAAUGUAAAUGAAGGAUUAGAAAGUGGAGAAAUUUCUAGUGGUCGUGGCUUGAAUCAAGAAAGCACACUAACAAGAGCUGGAGAUACUAGAUGGGGUUCACAUUAUGGUACAUUAUUGAGGUUAGUUUCUUUGUUUCCUUCUGUGUGUGAUGUGCUUGAUACAAUUGUGAAAGAAGGCUCAAAAGCAGAACAAAGAGUUGAAGCCCGUCUAUUGAAGAAUACUUUGCAAUCUUUUGAGUUUAUUUUUAAAUUGCUUUUGAUGAGAAAUAUAUUGGGAAUUACUAAUGAUUUGUCUCAAGCAUUGCAAAGAAAAGAUCAAGAUAUUGUAAAUGCUAUGACAUUUGUUAAAGUGUCAAAGGCAAGAUUGCAAAACAUGAGAGAAGAUGGUUGGUGUAAUUUACUUGAUGAAGUGACAUUGUUUUGUAAGAAGAAAGAUAUUGAAAUUGUAAAUAUGGAUGAUGUAUUCACAUUACAUGGGAAACCAAAGCGUAAUGUUGAAACAGUUUCAAACUUGCAUCACUUUCAAGUUGAAGUAUUUUAUAAAGUGAUUGAUAGACAACUUCAAGAGCUUAAUAACAGAUUUACAGAGGUGAAUAGUGAAUUGCUUAUUUGUGUAGCAAGCUUAAAUCCACAAGAUUCAUUUUUUGCAUUUGACAAGGAAAAAUUGAUUAAUAUGGCUCGAUUUUAUCCGUCGGAAUUUUCUUCUGUGGAGCUUAUUGGACUCGACAAUCAACUUGAAAAUUAUAUCAUGGAUGUUCGUUCUAGUGAACAAUUUUCUAAUUUACAUGGAAUUAGUGAUCUUUCAGGAAUGAUGGUGGAAACUAAAAAACACAUUGCUUAUCCAAUGGUUUAUUUACUUCUAAAGUUGGCAUUACUUUUGCCUGUGGCAACUGCAACAGUUGAAAGGAGUUUCUCAGCAAUGAAUUUUGUGAAGAACCAAUUGCGCAACCGUAUGGGGAAUGACUUUCUGAAUAAUUGUUUAGUCACAUACAUAGAGAGUGAGGUAUUUGAUAGUGUUGAAAAUGAAAAUAUCAUGCAAUACUUUCAAAAUAUGCAGUCCCGUAGAGGGCAAUUGUAAUUCUUGAAUUCAUAUUGGUGCACUUUUUGUUAUCGAUCUUUGUGUUGUAGUACUUUGGUGCCCUACUAGUUCUCUGGUUGUUUUUUAAGAGUUUGGUGUUUAUUAGAGAACUUUAAUUGGUGUAUUUUUUGUUAUCUUUUUGUUAAGUUUUAUUCCUUUUUACCUAUUCGUAUAAGAUUUAUAAUAUUUUCCUCUCAUCUGAGAACGUCCUGUGCUUGGAUUUUAAUUUUUAAUAAUUUUUUUUCCAAUUAAAAAAAAAAAUAAUAAUUUUGACCCCACAUAGUGAAAUUCCUGGAUCCGU